UUCACUUCAAUAUAUUUUCACUUAAUAGCUAGUCGGUACAUCCACCGUACCUUCUACUCUUGUUUACAGCAAGUACUGUAUACUUAUUACACCUUUUCUUGUUAAACUCAAAAGAAGUACUAAGCGAAACGCGGUUCCCCACUACGAAAAAUCAGUACAAGACAAUUGCGAUGUCUUAUCCAAAUCAACAAGCCGCUACGUAUCCGUACGGUUAUGUUCAAAAUGCGGCUCCAUUGGCUGUUCCUUUCCAACCUGUCGUCGCGUCUCUGCCUUCUGAUUACAAAUUAUCAUAUCCCAAACUUUAUCCGAUCCAGAAUGCUUUGAUUCCGCAGCAGAACAACGAUCCUCUGUCCACUGUUGAUCUUUCGGCGCCCGUCAUUCGGUUUCAAGAUUUGGUAUCCUCGAAGCAGACAAAAGACACAACUUUUAAUACAAAUGAAGCAAACAAAAAUGUGUCUAAGACCUCAAAAUCAGAGAAUGCUUUCGUUCAGCAAGGACGUGAGCAAAAUCACCCAGCUGCAACCCAAAAAGAAGUUCGUCCACUGCUCAAUGUUUCUACUAACCAAAUGAAACGAAUGCUACUAAUAUCCGAUGUUCCAAAGGCUUUGGAUGACUUUUGGAUGGAUAAGGUUUUACGUCUUUCUGGAAAGUUAAUCGCCUGGAGAAGAAUCGUGGAUGAAAAUGAUGAGCCAACAUCAUUUGGCUUUGCGGAAUUCGAAAACACAGAGCAAUUCAGUCGGGCGCUUGAGGUUUUGUCAAAUUAUGAAUUCAAGUUGGGCGGCGAAAGCAAUCCAACUGUUGAAAAACUUACAAUUCAAGUGGAUAAAGCAAAUGAAUCACUCAUUAAAGAUUGGAGAAAUAAUCGUUAUUACAAAAACAAGCACGAAUCUGCUAUUAUUCAACAAAUCUAUGCCAAUUUAGACAGAAUCUCUCUGGAUAUAACAAACCCAGACAUUAGAGCACGCAUCGAACGAGCUGCCAAACAGGCCAAAGAAAAACAAGAACGGGCAUUGCGUGAAAGUAAAAUGUCCACCAUUACCAUUAAUGCCGCAGAUUUGGAAGGCAUUAACCCAGAUCAGCUGCCCAUGAUUGAAAAUGAGAUUCGUAGCUUUCGGGAUCGUUCGGCGCUCAAGGAACGCGAAAAACAACGAGCACAGGAAGAGUAUACUCGACUUCGGAGAGAAUUCAAAGAACGCGAACGGAAGGCUGAACAAGAACUACUUGAACCACUUUUCAAACGUCCUGUAGCACAAAAGCUUUUACAGCUUUCUAGCUCUUUACAGUCGAUGUUGCUAGCGGAGGAAUCCUACCCAAGCGACCUGACCGACGAAGAAAUCGCAAAUCGUGAAAAGGAACGCGAAAAAGCCAAAGAAGAAGAAUCGUUUUACUCGCGCGAGCGCAGAUGGUUCAACCGUGAACGUGCUCGUGCCGCUGCUCUUGAACGUGAGGACUUGCGUGAACACGAUGAAGAGGCACGUAGGGUCUCCCAGCGCAGACAUUACUCAGAAAAGCUGGCAACAUUCGAUGAUGACGAAGAGGCUCGCACUUCCAGAGAUGAGUAUUUCGUCGAUCGUGCUGCUUGGAUUCGCCAUCGUGCAGUUGCCCGAGUGCGCGAGGAAGAUGCAGAUGAACAAGACAGACGUGCAGAUGAACGUAAUGCACAACAUCGUGAUACAUCUGCAAACGGCGGGGCGGCUCAUGAAAAAACAAUUACUAGUGAAAUGCCAUUCCAUGAAGGUCCCGUCAAACUUUCUCUGCAACCAGCGCAGCAACCAGCGAAACGCGAUCUUUCCGAAAAACUCAUGCUGCCGGAAGAGGAGGAAGACGAAGAGGAUGAAAGUGUUAUGCUUUCUCUCUACGAGAAAUCGACGAAAAACAAAGAGGCUUCUACGGAAAAAGAGCAAGAAGGCGAAACAAAAACGUAUACAGGAGCUCAUUGCUCAAAUUCCAACGGUUCCAGAAGAAUUGUGGACAUUACCUGUUCGUUGGGAUGCUGUUACGGAGGAGCUAUUGACAAAUCAAUUGGCGAACUUUGUUACCAAAAAGAUUAUCGAGUACAUUGGUAUUCAAGAACAAUCGCUCAUCACAUAUACCAUCGAGCAUUUGAGGCAGCGCAAGGGUGCAGGAGAGCUUAUGAAAGAACUCGAACUUGCACUCGAUGAAGACGCGCCUGAAUUCGUGAGCAAGAUUUACCGUUACCUGCACAUACUCAUUAUUUUGCAAACGGAGGGAUCGGCAUAG